CACAAAAAGGUCCCAUUAGCUCAAGUAUAUAAAGAAGACAUUAUGCGUAAUACACACAAAAACAAAGUUUCCAUAUUCUCUCUCUGAUCGAUCUGUGAUUGAGUAUUUAGUUGUGCAAAUAAUAAAAUAAGAAAGCAUGCGUCCACCAAUGAAGAAAGUUGAUUACAAAGAAGGAGACAAAGUUGAAGUAUGCAGCAAAGAAGAAGGAUUCAUCGGUUCAUACUACGAAGGUACAAUUGUUUCAUGUCUUGAAAAUGGAAAAUAUGUUGUUUGUUACAAGAAUCUUAUAGAAGAUGACAAUUCUGGUCGUUAUCUCAAAGAGACACUUUACCCAAAAGAGCUUCGUCCAUUACCGCCACGUGUCCGUAAUCCAACCAAUUUUAAACGGAAUCAGAAAGUGGAUGCUUUUGAUAACGACGGUUGGUGGUUAGGUGUAAUCGCAAGUGAGAAGAUGGUUCAACAAAAAAUUGAUUAUUAUAAAGUUUAUUUCCCUAAUUGCAAUGAAUCCAUUUACUAUCCUUCUCAUCGAAUUAGACUUCAUCAUCAAUGGUUUGCUGGACACUGGAUCAAGGAACAUUAAUUCAUCAACAAUUCCCGAAUUACCCUUUUCUUUUUUAUGUAUUAUGAACUGCUUAUUGCCAAUUUAUAAAACUAUUUUUUCUUUUGUUAUUUCAUUCUUUUGUCUUUUCUUUUCUCCUUUAUUUGUGUGUUUCAUCGUUCUUCUUGUUUUGUAUAAUUUCUUUUUUGUUGACCUUUCGUGGAAAUAAAAAGAUCUUUUUUUUUAAAA